AUGCAGCUAGACUCGUUGGACUUGUUCAGCCUUUCACUCGCAAUUCGAGGCCUUCGCUUCAUAGUGAAGAACAGCAAGUCCCUCUUCCUGAGCUUUCCGGAGUUUUUCGAGCAGUUGGUGCAAAGUUUGAGGAUUCACUGCGAAUGCAAUCCGAUUCUUAUUGUCCAAGCUUGCCGACAUUGGUUCAACGCCCUGGCCAAAGAGGCCUUGCAAGCCGACGCCUGCAAGCCAUUCAAAGAUAUGGUUCUCCGACACGCUAGCAUGCUGAGGGUCCCACUGUCCUCCAUCAAAAGUUCCAUGCGAUUGUCCACUUCAGCCAGACCUGCGAUGGGCAUUUUUGCGGGCUGCGCAGGUUUGCAGAGCCAUCAAAGUUCAUCAGCACUGCUUCCACCGCUUCCACGUGGCAGAGACGUCGCUCCUAACUGCUCUGUCAGCUGCAGCUUCUCAGGCCGCUUGAUGAAGUUUCAGCACCAUGUGGAGCUUAGGAGACGGUUUCAAGCACGUCGUUUCAGUUUUCGUCAAGAUUCGGCAAGAUUCCCAGGUGGUUACUUGGAGUCGGUGCUGGAGACGACUUUCCAGACUUUCGGCUCCGUUUGGAGUGCAGCCGUUGGCGCGUGGCAGUAUGGUGCCGCCGGUGCUGCUGCCGGUCAUUGA